ACUCUGGCCAGACUGGACUCGCGCCAGCUCCCAGACAGGCACGCACUGGGCUGCUGUCCGCGCGGAGUCCCGGGAGACUGGGCAUGUGGAGGAGGAAGGAGGGUGGGUGUGAGCUACAGGGCAGGUGACACCGAAUGAGGCUCCCCGGGGCUGGUGCGCUUGACAGCUUCCUUCUCGCCUGCUCGCCCCAGACACACGACCGUCAGAUAAAGGAGACAGUGACGCUAUAAAUACCCAGCGCGAGAGCGCACGCCCCAGAGCCCUGCCAGCCGUGGCGAGGGACGGACAGACACGGGCGCCGCACUCCGCCUUUAGCAGGCAGCGACCAUGCACGUGAAUGGCAAGGUGGCGCUGGUGACUGGCGCAGCGCAGGGCAUUGGCAGAGCCUUUGUCCAGGCGCUGCUAGAGGAGGGCGCGAAGGUGGCUCUCGUGGAUCGGAACCUUGAAGCCGGUGAGGCGAGCAAAGCUGCCCUGGAUGAGCAGUUUGAAGCUCAGAGGACUCUCUUCAUUCAGUGCGAUGUUACACAUGAGGAGCAACUGCAAGGUGCUUUUAAAAAAACAGUUGAACAUUUUGGAAGGCUGGAUGUUGUGGUUAAUAACGCUGGAGUGAAUAAUGAAAAGGACUGGGAAAACACUAUACAAAUUAAUUUGACUUCUGUGAUCAGAGGAACAUACAUUGGCCUGGAAUACAUGAGAAAAGGAAAUGGAGGGGAUGGAGGGGUAAUUAUUAAUAUAUCAUCUCUCGCAGGACUUAUGCCUGCUGCACACCAACCAGUGUACUGUGCUACAAAACAUGGCAUAAUUGGAUUCACACGGUCUAUAGCAAUGGCAGCUCAAAUGGGAAAUUAUGGUGUGCGACUUAAUACAAUUUGUCCAGGCUUUGUUAACACACCAAUUCUUCAGUCUAUUGAUAAAGAAGAGAAUAUGGGACAAUAUUACGAAUACAAGGAUGAGAUCAAAGACAUGAUGAAGUUCUAUGGUGUGAUGGACCCAUCACUAAUUGCCAAAGGACUAUUAAUGAUCAUUGAAGAUGAUGCUUUAAAUGGAGAAGUUAUGAAGAUUACAGCAUCCAAGGGGAUUCAUUUUCAAGAAUAUACCGAACUUCCUUUUCAGUCAGGAAGGCUAUAAAUCUUAUUCUGUUGUCUUGGCUCCAAAUUAAUAUAAAAAUGUACUUUAAACAAUUUUAAAAAAAGACAAAUGUGUUUGUGUCCAAAGAGUGACAUAUUUGAACUCUUUAUUGCAGUAAUGUACAGUUGAUAGAAAGAAAUGUGUAAAAAUAUGAUUUCUUAUUUUGAUUUUAAAUACUGCUAUUAAUAUUCUUUAUUGAUAGAAUAAGCAUAUUGCUUACAAAGAUAUUUCAUGAUGCAAUAAUAAGGGUCAGAUUCUGCCCGUUGGUAAUUAUUUGUAUGGUGCUCUCUUGACCUACUGUGGCACUGCAGGCACUCCUUGCUUCAGUUGCCCUUCCUUCAGGAACUUCACACCAAUCACAAGAGUGUAAAAGAAAAUGUCCCUAUUGGGGCUCUACUUUGCUCAAUACAAAUAAACUUGAAAUAAAAAAUCACCCUUUCCCUUCAGAAGUCACACAGAUGUUUCCUUUGGGACUUGUCACCUCUCACUUCUGGCCUCUCUGGACAAUCUGAGUGCAAGGUCAGGAUUUUAUUACAUAUUUAUCUAAUUUGUGUAAUAAACUGUGGAGUAAUAUUGUUAGCUAUGUUGGGAGCAAUUUAUUAACACACUGUCUUACUAAGGAACGGAUAGCUGUAAGCAUAUGGGGCAUAUUUACUAAUAGUGCAAACUAGUACUACUCCAUUAUUUUCAAUUAGUUACAUCUGUUUACAAAUUGGGCUCAAAAUACUAAAAUGUGAUUGUAUUUUGCUAUAUGCAGGUAGCCAAAGAUGUCUUAAGCGUCUAUCUACAGUAGUUUUAGCUUCUUUUAUGUGACUGGGUUGACAAAAUAGCUUACAUCUAUUUUCCAUGUAUAAUAAUGUGUUGCAUUUUUUUCUGUGAUGCUAGUAGAAACAUUACCAUAAUAAUGGCAGCUUCCCAUCUUCUUUUGGUUAUACAGUAACGCAUCGGACACAAAAUCCAUAGUUAUAGAAUAGAGCAAAGUUAAACUGUGAGUAUCAGUGAAAAAAUAUUAAUUAAUUUAAAAUGAGAAGUGACCUAUGCAAAGUCCAAAUAAAAUCCAAAGUCUGUGCUAUCAUGAUUUCUAUGGAAUAACUAGGGGGGAAGAGAGGAGGAAAUCACUCAAUAACAAGGGGAAAAAACAUCUGUUUCUGAUGGGUUUUUGAGCACAUCUGCUUCUUAAUUGCAAUCAAAGACUAAAAUGGAAAUAUAAGCAAUAAAAAUUCCAGUUGCUUUUCUUUACAAUUUGAAAAAUGGAUUUUAAAAAUUAGGAGCAACUACAGGGAUCCGUUAAAGAAUGUGUGUUUUUGAUACAGCCUUGUCCAGAAUUUGUUUUGCCUGUAAUUAUAUUUUGUAUGUUUGGAUUUUUUUUUAUGUACUUUUAAAUGAAAUAAAAAUAAUUUACACUUA